AUGGAUACAUUAUCGUACCAACCAUUAGCUCAAAACCCUAUGGGACGAGAUCGACACAGUCAUAAGAAGCAUUUGUUAAAUAAUAGUGUUGACGAUUAUCCACAUGCAACUAAGCGACGGCUAAUUGAUAAAAUUGCAGAUCUUAGGCUCUCUUCCGGUAGUGUGCAUAGGCAUAACCAUUUAGUAAACAUUUUUGGUUCUGUCGGGAGCAACAAUAGAAACAUACCAGAUUAUGAUAGCUAUAAUUCGAACCCAGACAAAGUUGUGAUAAAGGACAUAGAUCAAUUUCUUCGUGACAAUAGUAAGGGUGACGGGGAUACCAGCUCCAUUGAGUCAAUAGGAAAGCCGAUCACGGAUGUUGAAAAUGUUGACCUAGAGAAGCUUGUGAUACCAGAGUUGAAGGAGAAUUCACACAUCAGGGAGUUUAUCUCUAAAAUGCUUGUUCUGUCGCGGGGUAGUGCGGAAAGGGAUACGAUAUUUAGAAAUGAAAAGGAGGAGAGGCUUUACUAUUAUAAAAUUUAUUUGGAAAAGUAUACGGCCGUAAUUCCAUACAUAAAUCCACAAAUAUUGUUAUGGAAUGCGUAUCUAAGGUGGGUUUCAGGCAACAAACACAAUUUAACAGGACAUAUUGUUGAACUGGAUGACGAUGGAGAUGAAGAAAUGAUAGACGAUAAUGAAUGUUGUCAAUACGAUGUAUCAUUGCCAAGUAACAAUGUAAACAUGCCAAAUAUCCGCAUGAAAAGUAAUGAAAUGGACGAAUAUAUUGACAUUGCAGCUCACAAAGCUGAUGGUGGUUCAGUACAGGAAUAUAUACCCACUGAAUCAGAUGACGAAAUGUCCAUAGAUUAG